AUGUUAAGGAAAAAGAAACAAACAACGUCUGAAGCUGGUGUCAAAAAAGAAAAUCGAAGAGUGGCCAAAGUCAGUGAAGAAAACGAAAAACUCCAACCCAUCAGCAUUAAAAUGCUUCAAGGGACUUUCUACUUGCUUUGCAUCGGAAAUUUAUUUUCAGGUUUGAUUCUACUUGCUGAAAUUUUGGUCAACAAACACAAAAAAACGUACAAAUACAAAAAACAAAAACACAGAUUUGUUUAUUUGAGAAAAAUCAAACAUUGUUGCGUCGCAAAACUUGAAGCAGUUGGCGAUGCUGUGAGGGGGAUUUACAGAAGGGCCAUGCACGAGGCGUUUGUCGCAACAUUGGAAUAUUUAGAGUAA